AUGUCCGAGGACUACAAGAAGGCCUACUUCUCUCCAAAAAAAGGGCUAGGAAUCGAGAAGAAGAAGAAGACGUUCAGAUCCUUCAGAAUGCGAAAUUCCGAAAUGCUUCUCGAUGCUCAAAAACAAAUCGGACUGAAGGUUCUGAAGAGCCGUCUGAACGUGCUCCUCUUGAACGGCGGCGCCGAUUUCUUCCCAUAUUUUUCAGCCAAACAGCCUUUUUUUUGGAUGUUGACUAUAGUGGUUGGAGUCCGAGAGUUUACAGAAGUGGGAAGAAAAUGA